AUGAUAGCAGCUAGAUCCUAUUUAAGAGAAAUCAUAUCAAUUCUUCGUCACAAUAAUAUAUCUAUAUUAAUUUUAAAUAAAGAUAUUUAUAAUGCUUGUGAACAACUUCGUCAACAGAAUUUUGCUGGCUAUACUCCUAUUCAAGCACUUAUAGAUAAGCUUAAAAAAGGCAAUUUUAUAUAUGA